AUGAGCCGGGCUGAUGCGUUUUCACCCCUGAAAAAGUUGCAAAGGGCCACCAGUAGUCUGAACAUGGCGGCGCCUUGGUUUCGACAAAACUUGGAGUCGCAGUAUGCUCAACAAAAAACAUUUUCCACGGCUGUAAUGGAGGAACCUGUGGAAUUGGUACAAGCCCUGGAAGAGGCAGUCAUGGCAGCCACGGAAACUGGAGAGCCUGAGGAAGUAUUGGUAGCUGUCUUGGAGGCUUCAGAGCCUGAGAAAGCGGUGGUAGCUACCCUCAAGACAAUGGAAACUUCACCAAAAUCAUUUUCCACGGCCGCAGUCGAGGAACCUGUGCAAUUGGUACAAGCCAUGGAAGAAGCGGUUAUGACAGCUAUGGAAACUUCUGCGCCCAAAAAGAAAGAAGUGGUAGCUGUCUUGGAAACUUCAGAUGCUGAGAAAGUGGUGGUAGCUACCCCCAAGGCAGUUGCAAGCACUCCUGUCACUUCGGCGGCACCUUGGUUUCGUCGAAAUUUGGCUUCCCAAUAUCAAUAUGCCCAACAAAACGAAGUGGUUGUUCGUGCUUCUCCUGUUGUUGUUGCACCACCUAAGCAAGCAGAAGCAAUCAUCAAGGAAACUCCCGAACAGGUGAUCAAAGAGACUGCAAUCGCUAAAGUCCUCGACGACAAGGCAUCCAUUCCAUCGCUGGCCAACCGAUUGGUCGCGGGAUUCCUGAGUCAAAGCAAGACACUCCUGCAAAGAGCAUCGAACGGAUUGCUAUCCUACCGACACAAGUUUGAUUUGCGCCAGAGAGCCAGAAAUAUUCAAGAAGUGGCCGGACAAAAAGUGCAGGCGUUGCUGGCCUUCAGGCCUCAACUCCCACCUCGGAAGGAAACGGUCGUCAGGGUCCGACGACCGUUGUCUCGUCGUCAAGAGCAGAAACUUGCCGCCAAGUAUGCUGCGAUUGAGUGCAUCGAAGAACGAACAUACAUCAUUUUGAAAGAUUUGGGUAUGAUUCAACCCACAUUGGACUUUUCCAUCUAA